AUGCCUGAUGGAUCACUGCUGGCCAAAGCAGCCCAGAGCCUGUGGGAGCGUGACUUUGGGCAAUGGGUGGUGGCAGUGGGGAGCCGCCAGACUGACCAUCUCUGCCUGACCCAGGUCCCCAAGGCCCGGGUCAGCGGCCUGCCGACGACGACCUUCGCGGGCAAGCGCUUCCAGCUCUGGGCCCUAGGAUUCUUCUGCACUGAGCGCCACCUGGCCAAACGCCUCAAGAGCAACCAGUUUUACCCCUUCACUCAGCAGCAGCCGGGCGUCUUAGUGCUCGAGUACUACCUGGACACGCUCUGGAAGGGGACGCUGCUCUUCGUUGCCUGCAUGGGCAUCCUCUCCUUGAAUGUCCUGAAACAGGUGCAGAAGCAGGAGACCUGGGGCUUCCCCGCCUACGGCAUGGCUGUGGGCCUGUGGCUCGUGGUCUCGUCGCUGCCGCGGCGCCGCCUGGUGUUGAACCACACGCGUGGCAUGUACCACUUCUCCAUCCAGGGCCGCACCGUGUGCCAAGGGCCCAUGCACCUGGUCUACUUGCGCCUGGCACUCAGCUCCGACGCCUAUGGAAGGUGCUUCUUCCAGCUGGUCCUUUGCGGCCACAAGCUGGAACCGCUGAUACUGGUGCAGCUGUCCGAGCGCUACGAGCAAAUGGAGUACCUGGGCCGUCGCAUGGCCCUGAAACUCAACAUUAACUACUUUGACUACCUGACUACCUCCUACCGGCACAUGAUCCGCCACUGGCCGCUGGGGGCCAGCUUUAUCCCUGGCAUUGUGCAGCGAAAGACUGCCCUCUACGACAAGCCCAGCCUCUCCGAACUGGAUGUGUGA